UACUUAAUGCUAAUAAAUGCGUAAUUGGCUGGAAUAAAUAAUUUGUAUUGAAAAUAGAAUUAUUUAAUGGUAUAUGUAUAUAAAACAAAUUAAUCUUAGUUGUAAUUGAAUAGCUGUGGUGGCAUCAGUGUUGAGCGAUACACGAAAGAGGAGAUAAGUCAUCCCACACGACCAACAAUCACUUGCUGUCGCGUUAAAUUAAAAUGAAAAAAAAACAAAGAUAGGGAAAAUGGCUUGUUGGAACGAACGCUGCAUAUCUGCCGCGAUGAGAUAACAACGAGUUCGUACAGACAGAGAUCCAGAUCGGAACGGUUCAUAAAACGGGCUACUUUGUCCGGCACCGCGAACAGUUGCUUGUUGGUGUCGAUACGCGGCGGAACAGGAUUAACGUUCCGCUUACUCGAUUGUGAAAAAUAGGAAAGUGCCUCGGUGUCAACUGUUGAAUACAAAACGCCCUUGUUAAUCAAUCGGCGGUGCUCGUGCAACCUUUUCUGUCAACCUCCGACGGUCAGCAAUCAAUUUUAAACCGGUGCUUCAUUCUACCAUCAUGUGUGAGGCCGACGCGGAGUGCACCAAAAAGUUCCAGGAGUGGGAGAGCAACGAGGAAAUUCAAAUAUUUCGUGAAUAUUUGCGCAUUCCGACGGUGCAUCCGAAUGUAAACUACGAUGAGUGCGUUGCCUUCCUGAAGCGACAAGCGGCAUCGCUCGAUCUGCCGGUACGCGUGAUCGAGGUGAACCCCGGCAAGCCGAUCGUCAUCAUCACCUGGGAAGGUACGGAGCCGGAGGAGAAAUCGAUCAUUCUUAACUCGCACACGGACGUAGUGCCGGUGUAUGAGGAGCGCUGGCAGCAUCCACCGUUCGCGGCGGAAAUGGAUCACCAGGGACGGAUCUAUGCACGGGGCGCCCAGGACAUGAAGUGUGUCGGUAUGCAGUUUCUCGCCGCCAUCCGGGCGUUGCGCCGGGACGGAGUGCGCCUGAAGCGCACCAUCCACGCCACGUUCGUGCCGGACGAGGAGAUCGGUGGCAAGCUCGGCAUGAUGGAGUGGGUGCACAAGGAGUCGUUCCGCGAGCUGAACGCUGGCUUUUCGAUCGACGAGGGCAUCGCUGGCGAAGGUGAAGUGUAUCCGCUGUUCUACGGCGAGCGUAGUGUUUGGCAUGUGUAUUUCAACUUCUCUGGAACGCCGGGUCACGGUUCACUGCUGCUUAAAGGCACCGCUGGCCAAAAGGCACAUUACAUCAUCGAUAAGCUGAUGAGUUUCCGCGAGAACGAAGUGAAACGGUUGGAAAACAAUCCGGAAUUUACCAUCGGUGACGUAACGACGGUUAACAUUACGAUAAUGAAGGGUGGCGUGCAGGAAAACGUCGUCCCGCCGGAGCUGUCGGUCUGCUUCGACAUACGUCUGGCGGUGGACGUAAACCACCUGGAGUUCGAGAACCAGCUGCUCGACUGGUGCCGUGAAGCGGGCGGUGGCAUCGAACUGGAGUACGACCAAAAGUGUCCGUACGUGAAGCCGACCAAACUCGACAGCUCCAACAUCUACUGGGUGGCGUUUAAGGAUGCGCUGGACGAGCUGGGUCUCAAGGUGAAGCCGCAGAUCUUUCCGGGCGGCACCGACAGCCGCUACAUUCGCGGCAUCGGUAUUCCCGCGAUCGGCUUUUCGCCGAUGAACAAUACGCCGGUGCUGCUGCACGAUCACGACGAGUUCCUUAGGGCCGACACGUAUCUGGAAGGCAUCCGAAUCUACCGCAAGAUCAUUGCAAACGUUGCAAACGCCUAAGCUUUAACUGAGCGAUUCUUCUCGGCAGAAAUAAAUCCAAUAUCAGCAAUCAACCUACACCUAAUUCGAUUUAUGGAGACGGAAAGGAAACCAGCAAAUUGUAGAUUGUAUUACUUUAAAACCACACUUUUCACAUACCUUGAAAUGUCGAGACAAAAUCGCUGCCAUAGGAAGCAUGAGAUUUUCGAUAUAAAACUGCAUUUCAUACAUGUUGUUUCACCUACUGCAUGCGUACCAAUGCAAUUGAGUAGUUUAAGCUUUUUAACAAUUGAUUCAUGUUCUCUUUCGAUGGUUUUAUACACAAUUCACAAUUCAUUUUUAUAAGCA